AUGGCUAGCCUGCUUGCAUGUCUUGGCUCAGACCAUGACACGCAGCAGGCAACCAUGGAGGCUACUGGCCGCACGCAAACCAUGUGUGCAGGCUUGCGUAUGCCCUUGAGCGCGCACCUGCGCACAUGCAUGCGUGCCCCAGCACCACUUAGCGAGGCUAGUGGCGUGCCCUCACAGGCACGCCAUCCAAUGCACGACUUCAGCCCAUGCCUUGCAGGCGAGGCUAGUGGCAUGUCAACCAGUGCACGACUCCAGCACAUGCCUUGUCACCCCAUAGCCCAUGCCAUGGAUUCUUCUUCGUCUCCUAUUGAUGUUGAUACAAAUGAAACUCAACCAACCAUUAAUUUGGAAGAAGAUGUGAGAGAGACCAAUGUUUCAAAACCCCUUAGUGCCCCUACUAGUAAUACUUGUCCGUUACCUAAGAAACGGAAAGGGACGAACAAGUCGAUUGUAUGGGAUCAUUUUACGAAGGUGGAUGGUUGUCCUGUAGAUAAUCGAAAAGCUAAAUGUGAGGCAUCACCUGAAGAGGGUAUUGCAGAGAGUGAUGGUAGUGCAUUAAGGACUCUUGUAACCCACAAAUUUAGUAAAGAGAUUGCGAGGUUGGCUAUUGCAGAAAUGUUUUUGACAGGGAAUUUGUUAGGGGGUAAGUAUAUGCACAUGAGAUGUUGUGCUCACAUAUUGAAUCUUAUUGUAAGUGAGGGUUUGAAGGACUGCAAUGAUGCAAUUACAAUGACACGAUGGAACUCAACCUAUUUGAUGUUGGAGGCAGUUGAGAAGUUUGAGAAGGCUUUCAGGUGGAUGGAGAGUGAGGAUUAUAAUUUCCUCUCUUACUUUGAUGAUGGGCACAUGGGACCUCCUAAAGUUAUAGAAUGGGAGACAGUGUGGGUGUUUGUCAAGUUUUUAGAGAUAUUUUAUGAAGCCAGUACUAGAUUUUCUGGAUCUUUAUAUGUGACAGCUAACACCAGUUUUUUAGAGAUUUGUGGUCUCCAAACAGAAUUGAUUAUGCUGAGUGAGAGUACUAAUACUUGUUUAAGGAGUAUGGCUAUAAAUAUGAGAACCAAAUAUGAUAAGUAUUGGGGGUUAUUAGAUAGGAUGAACUUAUUCAUGUUAAUUGCUGUUGUGCUUGAUCCACGAAGCAAGUUAGGACUUCUUUCUUUUCAUUUGAAGAAAAUCCAUGAUGAGUUUCGUGCUGAGGAGUUGGUUUCAAAUGUGAGACAGGUAUUAGCAGAUUUGUAUGUAGAGUAUAAUGCUACAUUUGGUUCCACCACGAGUACUCCACUUUCUCAACCCCUCCAAUAUCUAGAUCCAUGA